AUUCAUGUUCACUGCAAUCGGCAACUUUGAUAGCGUGAGAAAUUUUUCACCUGUUUUUGUGAUUAGAAACUUGAACAUUAUCAUUUAUGCAUUACAAUUUUCUUAAAGAUGAUUGUUAUCGGAGUUUUGAUUUCUACCUUGUUUCUAACCAAUGAUCUCGUUUUUGCUCAAGAUAGGCAGUUCCAGUGCCCUCAGGUGUACGAAUACGAUGCCACAACAUUAGGAGAAAUCAAAAGUCCUUUUUAUGAUGAUGAUCCUGUGUAUCCACAUGGAUUGUGGUGCGAAUAUAAAAUCACAGCCCCGGAUGGAUACAUGAUAAAGUUGACUUUCAAAGACAUGGAUAUUUAUCCAACCGGCAGUUGUAAUUUUCAUAAAUUGACAGUUUACGGAAAAGACAAACAGAGCACCCUAGGAGUGUACUGUGGUAAACAACUUCCUCAACCUAUCCUGUCAAAUCCUGGAGAGAGUGAGAUGAGGAUUCAUUUUGCCUCCGAUGAUAUAGGAUCUGGAAGAGGAUUCCGAAUACAGUAUGAAUCUGCCCCACUUCUGCAGUUGUGUGCAGAAAAUGAGAGUACAUGCAAAAAUCGUAGAUGUUAUCGUAUCGAGAAAAAGUGUGAUGGUAUAGACGAUUGUGGGGAUGGAACAGAUGAAGAAAAAUGUGGUAAACCUAUCGCCUUGCCUUCUGACAAAUGUGGUGCAACUCCUAUACAACCUAAGACCAUGCAUAUUUCACUUGAUCGUCAGGUAGGAGGCAUUGAAGCCAUACCUAACAGCUGGCCUUGGCAGGUGUCUCUGCAACAUACCGGGAAGGAGCCUAACGCUCAUUAUUGCGGUGGUUCUCUCAUAAGUCCGCAGUGGGUAGUCACUGCCGCUCAUUGUGUCAGAUCCAAGACAAAGGCACAAGAAUUGAAAAUUGUUCUAGGGAGUCAUAACAAAUACAGUCGAACAAAAUACGAAGUGGUUAGAAAUGCUGUAAAAAUUAUUGCUUAUCCAGACUUAGAGGGUGAAAGGUUGUGGGAAGCGUCAACUCACCUUCACGAUAUAGCCUUAAUCAAACUGAAUGCACCAGUUGCCUACAAUGACGGCAUACAGCCGGCCUGCUUGCCAACACUCGGAUUGACGGCUCAACCAGGAUGGGUGUGUUAUUCAUCUGGCUGGGGAGAAACCAGAGGAUCUGGAUUUUCUGAUGCAUUGAAACAAACUGAGCAAGUAGUUCUAAGCAAAGAAAAGUGUACUUUUGAUGCAAAAGCACAAAUUUGCGUACACAAAACAUUCAACUCUCCAUGCCAUGUAAGAAUAUAUUUUACGUAUUUAUAUGUUAUCAUAUCAUAUAUUAUUGCUGAAGAAUUCUACUGUAGGGAUAUCUAUGAAUACGACGCAAGAACAACUGGAGAAAUCAAAAGUCCUUUUUACGACGAUGGAGCUUACCCUAACAGACUUUGGUGCCAGUACAAGAUUACAGCUCCGGAGGGACAUAUGAUAAAGCUGACUUUCAAGGAUUUGGACAUUGAUCCAACUGGUAGUUGUGGUUUUGACGGUCUAGCCGUGUAUGGAAAAAAUCAAGAAGUGAAACUGGGAGUUUUUUGCGGCAAACAACUUCCUCAGCCUAUUCUCUCAAUUCCUGGAGAGAGUGAAAUGCAGCUUCUUUUCACGUCAGACGAAAUGGGAUCUGCCAGAGGAUUUCGAAUACAGUAUGAGUCUGCUCCCCAAUUACAGUUGUGUGCAACGAAUGAAGGUGUAUGCAGAAAUCGUAGAUGUUAUCGCCUCGACAAGAAGUGUGAUGGCGUAGACGAUUGCGGUGAUGGUACAGAUGAAGAAAAAUGUGGUAAACCCAUUGCACUGCCAUCUAACAAUUGUGGCGCAACACCCAUACCACCAGACACUAUGUACGGCUCUCCUGAUCGCCAAGUGGGAGGAGUUGAAGCCGUACCAAACAGUUGGCCCUGGCAAGUUUCCUUACAGCAUAGCAAUAAAAAAGAGCCUAAUGACCAUUUCUGUGGAGGUUCUCUUAUAAGUCCACAGUGGGUAGUUACUGCUGCUCAUUGCGUGGUAUGGAAGUCUGAUCCAAAAGAAUUGAAAAUAGUUCUAGGGAGUCAUAACAAGUACACUCGAACAGAAUAUGAAACCGUUCGAUAUGCUGAAAAGAUUAUAUCUUAUCCUGAUUUGGAGGGAGACAGGUUGAGAGAAGCGUCAAUAACUUUGCACGAUAUAACUUUAAUAAAAUUGAAUGCCCCAGUUGCUUUUAAUGAUGGAAUCCAACCAGCCUGCUUGCCACAACUCGGAUGGGAGGUAAAAUCAGGAAUGAGCUGCUACUCUUCUGGCUGGGGAGAAACCAGAGGAUCUGGAUUUGACGAUGUUCUGAAACAAACUGAACAAGUAGUGCAAGGUGAAGACACAUGCAAAAAUGUUUUCCGUCCACCAGUACAAAUCUGCGUUCACAAAAUAAAUAACUCCCCAUGCCACGGUGACAGUGGUGGACCCCUUUCUUGUAAACUAGGAGAUAAAUGGUUUCUGAUGGGAGCUGUAAGCUAUGCCAGUGCCACCAAUUUCAUGGGCGGCCUCUGCGGAUUGCCAGAAAAUAGAGUUGUGUUUGCUGCAACAGCUGACAAAGCGGAUUGGAUAAAAAACAUCAUUAAUAAAUAUAACUAAAUACAUUUCGAGUGUGUAUCAGAUGGACAAAUAAAACAUUUUCUUAUA